UAAUUUAUUGAAUAUCAAGAAUAUAUUUGUGUUUGAUCAUAAUUUUGUCCAUUCUGAUCUCUUGAGCGUAGGUGCUAAGUAUCGAACAAUAAUACAAAAUUUGGCCCAACUUCCAAAAAUGUGGAGUGAUUCUUUGCUGAUCGUAUUUAUUUCUAUAUGUACUGCAUUUUUAGGUGAAGGUCUAACAUGGAUCCUUGUUUACCGAACCGAAAAAUACCAAAAACUUAAGGUUGAGGUUGAACGUCAAAGCAAAAAAUUGGAAAAAAGAAAAGAAGCUCAUGGGGACUCUUUGGAUAAACAACAUAAAAAGAAAAUUGAGAGAGAAGAAGAACGACUGAAGAAUAACAACAGAGAUCUUUCUUUAGUCAAAAUGAAGUCUAUGUUUGCUAUCGGUUUUGCAUUCACAGCUCUACUCAGCAUGUUCAAUAGCAUAUUUGAUGGUAGAGUAGUAGCUAAACUUCCAUUCUACCCCAUCUCGUGGAUCCAAGGUCUCAGUCACAGAAACCUACCUGGUGAUGACUACACAGACUGCUCAUUUAUCUUCUUAUACAUAUUGUGUACAAUGAGCAUCAGACAAAACAUUCAAAAGCUCCUUGGGUUUGCUCCCUCUCGUGCUGCAUCCAAACAAGGUGGAGCCCUGUUUGCAGCACCUCCAGCUCAAUUUAAGUAA